GCUUCGUCGUAGACAUAUCGCCGUUUCUCAAUCCAGUCACACACCUCUUUCUUUACCGUUUUCAAACGAAACCCUAAAAUUAUGGUUUGAAAUCCUCAGGUGCUGUGCUGACUCACUUCUCAAGGAUUAGUUGAAGGGUUUCUAUUUGAAGAUUUUGGUUUCUUGAAGUUAACAGGAUGUGAAAGCUUUCUUCUGGAAUAAGGGAGGUUUUAUUGUCAACACGCUGCUUUCUCAUCAUCAUGCUUUUUCAAUCUGGUUCAUGAGGAGUUUUGAGAUGAAUGUUAACGGUCCUUGGACCAAAGGGUCAGCCGAACUUAACCACCAUGCACAAGAUGAGCAAAAAAAUAUAAGGGACAAAGUUGUGGGUGAGGGCCAUGGCCUAUCCGAGGAAGAUGAAUCGAGGAUUAAUGAGGAUGUGGAAGAUCUGAAUGAUGGGCGAAUAGGGUCAGUCCAGGCAGUCCAGGGCGUUCUGCAUGGACCACAGCAACAGCCUCAAGGGCCUAUUGUUCGUUGGGAAAGGUUUCUCCCCCUGAGGUCUUUGAAGGUUCUACUGGUGGAAAAUGACAAUUCAACUCGCCAGGUUGUCAGUGCAUUACUUCGAAAUUGCAGUUAUGAAGCAGUUACUGCUGUAGCAAAUGGUGUACAAGCAUGGAGCAUCUUAGAUGAUCUAACCAAUCAUGUAGACCUUGUUCUGGCCGAGGUAGCAUUGCCUUCUUUAUCAGGCAUUGGCCUUCUUUGCAAGAUUAUGAACCAUAAAGCAUGCAAGAAUAUCCCUGUGAUUAUGAUGUCAUCCCAUGAUUCUGUGGGCAUAGUCUUUAAAUGUUUGUCAAAGGGUGCAGUUGACUUUUUUGUGAAGCCUAUUCGAAAAAAUGAGCUUAAAAACCUUUGGCAGCAUGUGUGGAGGAAAUUCCACAGGUUUAGCGGUAGUGAAAGUGAAAGUGAAAGUGGUAUACGGACUAAAAAAUCUGCAAAGUCAAAGAGUGUUGCUGGGUCAGACAACAACACUGGCAGCAAUGAUGAGGAUAAUGGAAGUAUUGGUUUGAAUGUUAGGGAUGGAAGUGACAAUGGAAGUGGUACUCAGAGUUCUUGGACUAAAAUGGCAGUAGAAGUUGACAGCCCCAAACCAAUGCAACCAUGGGACCAAUCGGCUGAUCCUCCAGAUAGCACUUGUGCACAGGUUACCCAAUCAUGGCCUGAAGCAUUUGGCAACUACCAGGUGCCCAUGACUUCCUCCAAGGAUUACCAAGAACAAGAUGAUGAACUUGAUAAUGUUGAAAUGGGCAAAGACUUGAAGAUAGGAGUACCUAGAAACUCAAAUUUACAGCUUCAAGAUGAUGUAGUAGGCGCUAAUAAGGAUAAAUUUCAUGAAUUGACCUUGAAGAAAGAUGAUGAAAAAUUAGAGAACAGACAAAUGGACCUCAACAGUAACAAGCCAAAUGAUGAAUUGGAUAAAGAAGCUGUCGAUCUGAUGAGUGUCAUUGCCAACAAUACCAAUCCUCAGAAAAAAAGUAUGGGCUUCAAAACUCCAAGUGGCCUCUCUGAGGUCCCUGAAACUAAAGAUAAGGCCAUGUACGACAAAAAGGAAAUACCUUCCCUUGAGCUCAGUUUGAAGAGGCUGAGAGAUACUGGAGGUACUGAUACCAAUCCCCAUGACCAAAUCAUUUGGAGACAUUCCGACCUUUCAGCCUUUUCAAGGUAUAAUUCUGCUUCAACUGCUAUUCAAGCUUCAACUGGCAAUGUAGGUAGCUGUUCUCCACUUGAUAACAGCUCAGAAGCAGCAAAGACAGAAUCCAUGCAAAAUUUCCAAUCUAAUUCGAAUGGCACUCCUCCCAACCAGAGUUCCAAUGGCAGUAGCAACAACAACAUGGGCUCUACUACUGAUGAUUUUUACACCAAGCCAGCAGCAUUCGAUGAUAAACCAGAUUCCAAAUCUGCAGUCAAACAUCUCCAGCACUCUGCUUUCCAACCAGUACAGAAUACAAUUUUGGCCGAUUUUGCAAAUGCCAAUACAAUUUUGGCCCACCCAAGUGCCAUGCCCCCACAGGUCCAAAUCCAGAACCACCAUUACUAUUACCACCACCAUGUCCAUAAUAUAUCACAGCAACAGAUACGCAUCCAUGAUGAUUUGGCUUUGACCAACAUGGCAAAAUCUGCUCCACAGUGUGGGUCAUCCAAUGUGUUGAAUGCGCCUGUUGAAGGUUAUGCCUGUAAUCACAGUUUGAAUGGGAGUGCAUCAGGAAGUAACCAUGGUAGCAACGGCCAAAAUGGGAGUACCACUGCUGUAAAUGCCCAAGGAACAAAUAUGGAAAGUGAUGAUGGAAUAGCUGGAAAAGGUGGAGCAGGUGGAGGAAGUGGGAGUGGAAGUGGAAGCAGGAGCGGAGUAGAUCAAAACCAAUAUGCACAAAGAGAGGCUGCAUUAAACAAAUUCCGCCAGAAAAGGAAAGAACGAUGCUUUGAGAAAAAGGUACGAUACCAAAGCAGGAAGAGACUGGCCGAACAGAGACCACGCAUUCGAGGACAAUUUGUUCGUAGGGUAUUCCAUGAUAUUAACAGCGAGGAUGCAGACAGCUAACUGAAGUUCCAUACAUGAGAUUAGCCCUAGCUGUACAGGGAGGAAGCAUUUACUUAAAAGGAAGUGGGAAAUUUGGGUGAAGUGAACGAAAAAAAAGGUGGAAACUAUGGUGAUUGCAGACUUUAAUUGAUAAUAGAGACCUCGUCUUGGACUGUAAUUUUAAAAGGGUGUGUGGAUUUUUAUGCCGCCUACUACUAUGAAAAUUAUCAACUGUGACUUCUGCUGAUUUUCCUGGAAAUUAAGGAAUGAGCAAUGAACAGUCAUUCCAACUGAAGAAAAUGGUUACUCUCCUUUCAA